ACAUUGCUUAUGUCUUGGCGAACCUUCCUAACAAUUCCUUUUCAAAAGCGGUGCAACCUGAAUUUGCACCACGUGUCUCUGAAUCUUUUCAAUUAAAAAGCGACUACUGCUAGCACUUUGUAGUGAUUUCUGUUUCUCUGUCUUCAACUUAUUAUUAUUCCCUUUUCCAGUUUAUCUGCAGUUCUUAUCAAAUAGUAAAAGAUGGUGAUCACAACAACCAUUGUCGACUCCGAUGAGCUUUUGCACUCCACCUUCGCUUCCAGAUACGUGCGCGCUCCUGUUCCCAGGUUUAAGAUAGCAGAGAAAUCAAUGCCGAAGGAAGCAGCAUAUCAAGUGAUAAAUGAUGAGCUAAUGUUGGAUGGAAAUCCAAGGCUAAAUUUGGCUUCCUUUGUGACGACAUGGAUGGAGCCUGAGUGUAAUGAUCUGAUCAUGGCUUCCAUUAACAAAAAUUAUGUUGACAUGGAUGAGUAUCCUGUUACCACCGAGCUCCAGAAUCGGUGUGUGAAUAUGAUAGCUCACUUGUUUCAUGCUCCAGCUGGGGAGGAUGAAACUGCAGUUGGAGUGGGGACUGUGGGAUCAUCAGAGGCAAUCAUGCUGUCUGGAUUAGCAUUUAAAAGAAAGUGGCAGAACAAGAGAAAAGCACAAGGCAAGCCAUACGAUAAGCCCAACAUAGUGACUGGAGCUAACGUGCAGGUCUGCUGGGAGAAAUUUGCAAGGUACUUUGAAGUUGAACUAAAGGAGGUGAAGCUGACUGAAGGCAAUUAUGUGAUGGACCCCGUGAAAGCUGUUGAGAUGGUGGAUGAGAAUACAAUUUGCGUUGCAGCCAUUUUGGGAUCAACACUUACUGGGGAGUUCGAAGAUGUGAAGCUUCUUAAUGAACUUCUGAUCAAAAAGAAUGAGGAGACUGGUUGGGACACCCCCAUUCACGUGGAUGCAGCCAGUGGAGGGUUUAUUGCUCCAUUCCUUUACCCAGAUCUUGAAUGGGAUUUUCGUCUGCCAUUGGUGAAGAGCAUUAAUGUCAGCGGUCACAAGUAUGGCCUCGUUUAUGCUGGUGUUGGUUGGGCUGUUUGGAGGACUAAGGAAGACUUGCCAGAGGAGCUUAUCUUUCACAUUAACUACCUUGGCUCUGAUCAACCCACUUUCACACUCAACUUCUCAAAAGGCUCUAGUCAAAUAAUUGCACAAUAUUAUCAGUUUAUAAGGCUUGGCUUUGAGGGUUAUAAGAAAAUCAUUGAGAACUGCAUGGAGAACACAAUGUUGCUAAAAAAAGGAAUAGAGAAAACCGACCGAUUUGAUAUUGUCUCCAAGGAUAUUGGAGUGCCCUUAGUGGCCUUCUCUCUGAAAGAUAGUAGCAAAUACACCGUGUUUGAGGUUUCUGAGAAUUUGAGAAGGUUUGGCUGGAUAAUUCCAGCCUAUACAAUGCCUGCAGAUGCUGAGCACAUUGCUGUACUUCGGGUGGUGGUCCGGGAGGAUUUGAGCCGCAGCUUGGCAGAAAGACUUGUAUCUCACAUUGGACAAGUUCUGAAGGAAAUGGACUUACUUCCUGUGCAUAUUUCCAGCCAAACUGCCAUUGUUAAUAAGACAUUGCAGGACAGUGAAGGGAAGAAAAUAGUUAAAAAGAGUGAGAGGGAGAUGCAAGAAGAAGUCACCCAGUAUUGGAAAAAGCUUGUAGAAGGCAAGAGAGUUGGAGUGUGCUGAGCAUCUAGAGAUUGACAGGUCUGUUUGAAAUAUUAAGUCACUUCAGCUUGAUUGUAUAAUGUUAAUGUUGUGUACUUAUGGUGAGGCUUUUUAUAGAAUCUGCUCUACCUGUCCAACAAUACGCGCUUGUAAUGUUGUAUGUAGUGUUGUAAUGUUGUGUGCUUCUGGUGAGGAUUGUGUAUCUGUAGUCUUUUGACAUGCUAGUCCUCCACUCUUAACGCUUUAAAUUUUUUAAAAAUUUCUAUGAAAGUAAAAUAUGAAUUUGUAUUUUUA